AUGGUUGUUCACCACAUUGUCCUCUUCAAGCUCAAGCCGGAGCUCUCGCAGGCAGACAAAGACUCCUUCCUCCCCAUCUGCCGCGAAGGACUCGCCAAAGUCCCCUACGGCACCGACCAAGUCAUGGGUCCGCCUAUCUUCGACGCGCGGGCAGCGGGCUACGAAUACGGGCUGUACAGGAAGUUGAAGGAUGUUGAAGAAUUUCACCAGUACCGCGCGUGCCCGGAGCACAUGGAGUUGAUCAAUGGCGUCGUCAAGGACCGAGUAGCAGACAUGGUGUCGUUCCAGAUCCAGGGUUAA